AUGCCACCCUCCAACAAUCCAUAUCAACCAUACGCGGAUGCACACAAGAAUCCCAAGGGACCAGGAGAUGCGAGACCCACCGCCCUUCAGAUCAUUGGAGACUGCAACGCCGCUGGGAAGCUCGUCGGAAAGACUGUCGUUAUCACUGGCUGCUCCGGAGGCAUUGGCCAGCACGUUGCAGCUGCCAUGUACGAGACAGGCGCUCAGCUUUACUUGAUUGCACGCAACAUGCCAAAACUGGAGAAGGUUAUAAACGACAUUGUGUCGCAUUCUUCUUCCAAGGGUUACCCACGUCCUAUCGCUAUUGAGAUGCACCUCGACAAUCUGGUCAGCGUGAAAGCGGGAGCACAAGUAAUCAAAUCUCUGACGGACAAAGUUGACGUCUUGAUCAACAACGCGGGAAUGUCUGGUGCUCCUCUCAGCAAGACUGUCGACGGCUUUGAGAUACACAUGGGGACCAAUCACUUCGCACACUUCUUGCUCUUCCACGAACUCCAACCCUUUCUGGAACACACAGCUAAGAAAUCGGGCACAACGUCUCGAAUUGUCACUGUGGCCUCAUCUUCUCAUAUGCUUAGCGGGAUCCGCAGGGACGACUACAACUAUGAAAAGCACCCGGAAGAGUACACCAAGAUGGAAGCCUACGGCCAAUCCAAGACUGCAAACAUCUACAUGAGCAACGCCAUUGCAAGACACUUCUCUACUCAGGGUCUGACAGGUCUGGCUGUACACCCUGGUAGCGUCUUCGAAGGCUCGGAGUUUGCUCGCAAUCUGACUGAAGAGGGCUUCGCAGCUUUUGGUGGAGAGGAGGUCUUGCAGAAGCUCAAACCCUUGUUCAAAAACGCAGAGCAGGGAGCUGCUACAGUUGUUUGGGCUGCUGUCAGCUUCUACUUCGACGAUGUGACUAAGGGAGGAAAGUAUUUGGCAGACGUGGGAGAGGGUAUACCACAGGCUGCUGGCGCCACUGAUGAGGGUCCUGGGUAUGCGCCGCAUGCUUUUGACAAAGAGGGCGAAGAUUGGUUGUGGAAAGAGAGUGUAAAGUAUGUGGUACAGACGUAA